UUGUGUUGGUAUCGCUGGAUUCACUGGUUGGUGGAAAAAGGUGACGUGUGCCGGCCCAAAAUGAAAUUUUCGAUUUUCCUCCUUUUCGUCGCAUUUUCUUGCGUAAAAUCGCAAGGAAACACUUUAGUCCUGCUGGACAACCAAGUGAUUCGCGAGACUCAUUCAAUUUUUUUCAAAUCAUUGCAGGAAAGGGGCUAUAAUUUAAGCUUCAAAAUCGCCGACGAUGCUUCUCUGGUACUAUCAAAAUACGGGGAGUACCUUUACGAAAAUUUGAUUAUUUUUGCGCCGGCUGUUGAAGAGUUUGGGGGCACCCUCAACGUUGAGACCAUCACCCAGUUUAUUGAUGAUGGUGGUAACGUUUUAGUAGCUGGGAAUAGUGGCACUGGGGAUGUUCUACGCGAAUUAGCUUCCGAAUGUGGAUUUGAGGUGGAUGAAGAAGGGGCCUAUGUUAUUGACCAUUUGAACUACGACGUGAAUGAUGAGGGGCAACAUACGCGCCUGGCGAUUUCGCCUGAGAAUCUUAUUGAUUCCCCGAUCAUUGUUGGGUCUAAAAAAGACGCCAAACCUUUGAUUUAUCAAGGCACUGGGAUUUUGGCCGACCCUGAUAACCCCCUUGUCCUGCCAUUGUUGACAGCUGAUAGCACGGCUUAUAGCUACGUACCCGACCAACCAAUUAAAGAGUACCCCCACGCCGUUGGAAAAGACACCGUUUUGAUCGCCGGCCUCCAAGCACGUAACAACGCCCGAGUGGUGUUCAGCGGUUCUCUUUCGUUCUUUUCAGACGAGUUUUUCACAUCACCGGUUGCAAAAUCUAGAGGCGGCCUUAAAUCAGACACUUCAGGGAACAGGGACGUGGCAAUUGCAAUCAGCCAAUGGGUCUUUAAGGAACAUGGUCAGUUGCGCGUGCGCUCUGUCAAACACAGCAAAGUCGGCGAAGCCAAGCCACCAACCGCUUACACCAUCAUGGACGACGUUGUGUAUAAAAUCGAAAUUGACAUUAAAGAAGACGGCCAAUGGAAACAAUUCAACGCCGACGACAUCCAAUUAGAAUUCGUCCGAAUCGAUCCCUUCGUGCGCAUAAACUUGCAGAAAAAGGGCAAAGAAUACGAGGCCCGGUUCAAAAUACCGGACGUUUACGGCGUUUACCAAUUCAAAGUCGACUAUGACCGAGUCGGCUACACCCGAAUUUACAACACAACGCAAGUUUCCGUACGCCCUCUCCAGCACACUCAGUAUGAGAGAUUCAUUGCUUGUGCUUAUCCCUACUAUGCCGGCGCAUUCUCGAUGAUGGCCGGUGUGUUCUUGUUUUCUAUUGUUUUCCUACAUAUGAAGGAUGAUGAUGUUAAGAAAUCCAAAGGUGAUUAGUUUUGUUUUUUUUUUACUUAAAUUAAAUACAUUACACUAAAGAA